CAGUUGAUUGGUUUGUCUCCCUGAUCAAGUAUAUAAAUAGAGCUGUCUGCAUGUGUUUUAGUUCUUGUUAUUUCCAAGUCAAUACGGAGGUUAUAAGAAGUUCCUCAAUGGCAGGCUGUGAUUUCGAAAUACCAAUAAAUACAUAUUGGUCUUAAAAUCAUGUUCGUCAUUAGGAUGCUUAGCUUUAUUGAAGCAGCAUUGAGUAGUUUUAGCUUUCCGCGUUCAGUUUGUUUUAUUUUGUGGUGAUGUUGAUUGGAUUGCAAACAGUGGUUCUAAAAGGAGGAUAACUCCAUAUAAGGGGAGUGCCCGACCUUAUGAGGCAAAAGUCUGUCCGCCUCAACCUUUUGUUAGUUUGUAAACUAUUGGUGCCCAAGCCAAGGUCUUUUUUGGCAUUCCAAAGUGUACGUUGAGUACUAAGUGUUUAAUGAUUGUGAAUGUACAAUAGCUGAUAUUGUAUUGUUGGUGCAAUCCCUAUGAAAAGUAUUCUUGUGCGUAUUCCCAGUUAGACAUGUUUUGUUCUGAUGGGAAUUAAGUUUUUAGCUUGCGAUGUUAUAUGUCUUACAUCGUACAUAAUAAAGAUGGCUAUGGUUGUUUCCUUUUUUCUCAUAAAAGGUAAGCAAGCGAACAUGUUUUAUUAUUUAUGUCACAUUCGAUUAGAUGUGUAGAUGCGUAUGUCUUCAUGUCUGUGUGUACCAUAAUCAAAUCUCUUCUACGCAUUUGAGGUACCUUUUCAUUUUACUCCUAAGGUAUCUACUUAAUAUGGCCUGUAUAUCUGGAUAAUUUCAGUUAUUGUUUGCUAUGAAAUCAUUGAAGUGAUUGUCCAAAUAAGAAUUGAUGGGUAAGUCAUCACACAGAAAGACCCAAUUAUUAUGCUGCGGAGGAAAUUCAAGUUUCUUGGCCUGCAGUCGGAUUUAUAUUUUAACAUGAUCAACUCUACUUGGACAAUGAUGUUCCUAUCUCCAGGACAAAGAAGCAGGGAAAGCAGGGUGAUAUUUCUCUUUUUCGUGCUCAGCUUGAUGCAUUGGGUCUUAAAAUCAUCCAAGUGACUGCAGAUGGUAAUUGUUUCUUCAGGGCCCUUGCAGAUCAGUUGGAAGGUAGUGAGGACGAACAUGGAAAGUAUCGUAGCAUGGUUGUACAAUAUAUAGUGAAGAACCGUGAAAUGUUUGAACCCUUCAUUGAGGAUGAUGUUCCAUUUGAUGAAUACUGUCAAUCCAUGGAAAAGGAUGGAACUUGGGCUGGGCAUAUGGAAUUACAGGCAGCUUCUCUUGUUACACACAGCAAUAUUUGCAUACACAGGAAUAUGUCACCUCGCUGGUACAUCCGAAACUUUGAUCAUAAUGGAGCCCGCAUGAUUCAUUUAUCUUAUCAUGAUGAAGAGCAUUACAAUAGUGUGCGGUUAAAGGAAGACACUUGCAGUGGACCAGCUAGGCCAGUUAUUAUCAAGGCUGAUGCUGAUCUUUCAGCCUCAUCCCAUCAAGCAAAAGCUGCAGUCAGCAAGUCCAAAGGGGGAGCUGGUUCAGCUAAUGUAAGUGCAGGAUCCAUCAAGCUAGUUAUGGCUGGAAGUGGCUGUGAAAAUGCUGAGAAAGUUGAGCAGGUUUUACAACAGGUAGAUGCGGAUGUCAAUGCUGCAAUAGAGUUUCUGAUAGCAGAGCAGGGCACAGAAGAAUACUUGGCUGAUAAUUCUCAUCCUUGUGAUGCAGAUAUAUCAUAUGGUGAUUGUAGAAAUGCAGACUGUGAACAGCUCAAGGAAGAACCUGUAUCUACUAGCAGUGAGCAGGAUUUAUCUAGUAAUAGCAGGCUCAGCAAAACCUAUGAGGACAGAAGUUCCCCAUCAGACGACAAGAGAAUCCCAAGAAACAAGGUAUGCCCUUGUGGAUCAAGGAAGAAAUACAAAGCUUGUUGUGGAUCGGUAGCAGGAAGAUCGUCUACCAAGUUCACAAUUAACCAAGCAGUUGACUCUAAAAAGGGUAAGAAGGAAAAAAAGAAUACGAGAAAAGGAGGACCCAGUAAACCUACACCAUCCUCUGAACUUGAUGGAGGGCCGCCUGACGUGGGCGCUCUUUGUAUAUGAUCUCUGGACUCUUUGAAUACCGCCUUUCUACAGCUUAUUUUUCCUUGAGAAGACAACAGGAUAACUGCAUUUUGUUUCUCAAAUUAUUGCAAGAUUCUCAGAUCUCCGCAACAUGCUGAAUUGGAUAUCCAGCCAUGGGCUACUCUUGUUCUUGUUUUUGUUCUACAAGCAAGAGGGCCUCAUGCCAUCAAGCUUUCUGAGAAGAAAAUUUUGUGUGUGGUCGCUGUCUCAGUUCACUUUAUCCAUCUUGGUUUAGGUUACGCGUGGAGGCAAACAUGGUUGGUGUAUUGGAUUCUUGAUGGUAGGUUUGUCGAAUUCUCGACGGUAGUCAUCCUCAGGUCUUGCUAGACGUGUGGAUCAGUCCCAGUAAAGUCUGAAGUCACACAGCUGAAAGAUUAUACGGAUGAUAAUGUCAUGAAGUCACACAAGUAAUUUGGUCGAGUCUCCAAAAAUCAAGGAAGCAAGAUGAUGACGAAAAGUUUUCAAGAUUUCUAUAAUGCAGAUGGAAUAAAUUUUUGUUUUUAUAAUCCUAGUGUUAAAUUUUAAUUUUAUGAACAUAAGGAUGAAAUUAUAAUAAAAAUAAUAUUAAAUUGAUUCCAA